CUCACAAGAUGGCGAACAGUGUUAUGGUUGAGUUUGUUUAACCGGAAGACAAAUUAUUUGUACAAGGUGACAGUCCGCACAGGUGCGGCUCACAGCUUCCUGAGUCAAUGACUGAAGUCAAGAACAAUGAUGAGGAGGGGAGCAGUCCGCCGGAAGUGGUGAACUACCAGUCUGAGCGGAGGAAGGUGGUGAUAACGAUCGGUGUUCUGCUGGCCUGGGUGUGUUUUGUGCUGGCUACAGUAAACCGCAGUAAUGCAGUUGCCUUGACGAGUGAGAACCUUUCCAUUGAUUACGUCGCACCGUUGCUGGGUAUCCUCCUCAUGUCCAUUGUGUUCAUCGUCAUCGCCUGUCUCCCAAGCACACUUAAGUCUGAGCACGAUGAGGAGGAAGUUGUUGCUCUUGAUGACAAGAACAGUGUUGUGAACAUGGUCCAACCUUCGGACAAUGGAAUCAUUUGACGUCGCUUGAUACCAACCUUGAGUGUUCCAGUGCCAUGUAUAUAUGAGGGGCUAAUAAUUCCUCCUGGUGGUUCCAGAAGCCUUGGUGUUGGGGCAAUUGAAGCAGGUUCCUGCACUUGUACAUAACAGUUGGACAAAGGUGUGAUCUGAACUACCUUGGUGAAUGGAACAAUUGGAGACAAACAUUUAGUAUCCAUGUGGGAUUCAAACAACAGGGCAAGCAUUAUGAGUCGAGAACCUUGUCCUUAUGACCUAUAGAUUGUUUAUGUCAUCAGAAGUUGUAAAAAAACAGUGUCAUUGCUACAGUGUGCCCUGGAAUAUUCGGUUGCCUCUUUAACGGGCAAUAAGCUCACACUGUGUUAGACAUUAGAUAUGUCAGUCUGUAGGGCUGAAUACAUCACAAAUAUAUAUGACUAAAGUCUUAUCUGUAGUGAGUGUGAUGGUGAGGAGGUGGUAGUUUAUAUUGUAUGACAUAUUCAUGUUCAUAAGUAAAUCGAUGCUCAUGCUGUUGAGCACUGGCUUGUCUGGUCCAGACUUGAUUAUUUACAGACCGCUGCCAUAUAGCUGGAAUAUUGCUGAGUGCGGAGUAAAACUAAGCUCACUCACUCAUGUCCAUAACUUCUUGAAUGCCAAUGAAACAAUAUACUGAGGAUGUUCUGAAGAUGUUUAUGUUAAGUUCCCUUUCCCCAAAGCAAUGUUACGUAGCGUGCUCAUAAGCCAAUGUUCAAGUAUGGGUGUCACACUCAAUUAAGUGUAAGAACCAUUUUGUGGAAGGGGUCCAUUGGUUGCCAUGUUUUACCUACUUAUUUUGGGACCAACAUUUGAUAUCCCUUCUCUGAAUAUUAAAUAGUUGAGCUCCUUUGUUGAAGAUGUAUUACAUGACUCCAGCAAACCAACUACAUCCUUAUAUACAAGAUGUCUGUUAUAUUAAAAUCCCAAUCUACAGCUUUUAUUUGUUAAAACAGGCCCUUCUGAUUCAGCAGUUAAAGUAUUAGCCAGUUGUUUUCUUGGUGUUCGGACAAUUCUUUGACAUGCACUAAUGUUAUUGUAUGUACAGCGAAAAACAAAGCAUUGUGAUAAUUAGGAAAAUAUGUAUAUAUUUUCUUUAUUAAAAGCAGUUGCAAGUUCCUAAUGCAUAAUAUUAUAUUGCAUGUAACUAUGUGUGCUCAGUAAUAUUUGUUGAUAUAUGACAAAGGAUGUUUAUGUCUAUGUACAGGAUUAAACUUGUGCUUCACUAUAGUGAAGAUCAACCCUUCUAUUUGUUGAUAUAACAACCAAUGGACAUAUUUCAACAAUAUUUAUGUUUUGGGAUCAAAGCUGCAUCAUUUGUUGUGUAUAUUUUAUUUCUGUAUGCCAUAUGCUGCAGUGUUAACUAAAUGGUGAUGAUUCGGCCACACUUUAAUCACAAUCAAAGGGUAAUUUUUGUCGGGGUUUUGUGUUCAAAGAUAGAUGAGCAGUAAUUUGUACAUACUAAAAAUGGUGGAUUAUCUUUUUGGGGUCUGUUUCUAAGACAAUAAAUGAAGUUUAAUAUAU